AUGGAAGUACUUCAUCACGAGAAACUCUGCAAAGCAUCCAAACUUUCACCAGAAGGAGGAGAUGAUGGUGAUCUUAGUAGCGGCAUGCCGGAUAAUGUGAUCGCUAAUAUUAUGGAUCGUUUGUCGAUAAAAGACGCGGUGGGGACUAGUAUUUUGUCUACAAGUUGGAGAUUUAAGUGGACUCUUCUCACCCAACUCGUCUUUGAUAUGAACUUCUUUGAUAUGUUAGCUAGACGAAAAAUUCACUUUGAUAAAAAUAAUAUAACUAGACUUCUCGGACAUCUUGAUGGCGCCAUUACAAAGUUUGACCUCUAUGUAACGAAUGACAUCGAAUUAGAUGAUGAGGAUAUCCAUCGUUGGGUUAUGUCCCUAUCUAGAUUAGGAGGAUUAAAGGAACUCUCUUUAGAUAAUAUGCAUAAAACACCAGUUAAGUUGCCUACCCAUCUUUUCCCUUGUCUAGAGUUGAAACAUUUGAAGCUUCGUAAUUGUGUUUUGUCUGUUUCACCUUAUUCUCGUGAUUUUCCAAAGCUUUUGAGCUUAAAAUUGAUGUGUGUAAGCUUUCAAGACCACCAAUGUGGGGAAUUAAUUGCUCAAAGUCCUUUACUUGAGACUCUGGAAAUUUUGGAUAUCAAAGUUAGAGGGGGACUGAAAUUGGUUGAAAUUGCAAAAUUAAAAAAUAUCAAGAUUUUAUAUUUAUCAUUGUGUUUGCUUGAAAAUAUGACCAUGGUCAGACUUUCCAGUGUCAUCGACCAUAUGUCUCGUCUUCCAAAUCUUCAGAACCUUUAUUUAGGCUUUGAUGAGUGCGAGUUCUUGGCUGAAGGUGUUGCUCAAAAUCCAGUCUCCGCCACCUUUCCCUUCCUCAAGACUCUUUUUUUAAGCCAAAUUGAUUUUAGUAGCGAUACCAUGUUAUCAUGUGCUUUUCGGAUCCUUUUUGGCUGCUCCAAUUUGCAGACCCUUCAUAUCGCUACAUACAAGAAUGCUGUCCCACCACCUCUCUUAUUUCCCCAGGAGGUAGACUGCAGCACAAUAGAGCAGCUGCAGCUUCGAAUGAGCCUUUUUAUUAUACACCACACGUCCAUAGAUCGCAACGAGAAGCAUAAGCUUGCUAACAGGUUGUUGAAGCUCCACCGAGCCUCCGCAAAAGCAGACAUUAGCUUCUAG